CCUGAAGUCCUUACCGCACAUGCGCGAUCCCAAGAAAUACUGCGACUUCCAUAGAGCAACAGGGCAUUGGACAGAAGAUUGCAGAGAGCUGCGUUUCGAAAUAGAAGGCCUCAUACGACGAGGACUACUGACCGAGUUCACCCGCGAGAAAGAGGAACAGGUAGCGCGUCCCCAAGACGCGCCACCACCCCCGCAGGCCGACUACAACGAAGCCACGGGCGCAUAUGUAGUGCAGAAGGAGAUAGGGGUGGUGACGUUAGAGGGAGACUGCCCCAAAAAGAAAACCAAGCGCGAGCGCGCAGCGGAAUGCGAGGCAGUCGAGACGCGGCAGAAGUGCAACCUGAGCUUCGAUGACGAAGAAUUCCCACAAGGUGUCCCAUCGGAGGACCCACUCAUCAUCACUGUGCUGGUUGCCGCCUGUAAAAUCCACAGUCUACUGAUAGAUGGCGGAAGCGCAGCUGACAUCCUCUUCCAGAGCACAGUCGAUCAAAUGGAUAUCGACCCGCGCCUAAUCAAGCGCGCACAGGGUAACUUAGUGGGGUUCUCCGGAACAAGGGUUCCAGUAAUCGACGUGGUCACCCUUCCAGUAGUAGUCAGAGACCAGGAGCCGCGCGUCUCCAAGCAGGUUGAAUUCACAAUAGUCGACUGCAAGUCGGCGCACAACGGCAUCCUGGGCCGACCCUUCCUAGCCAAAUUCAUGGCUCUCCCAUCAACAUGCCACCAAAAGCUCAAGUUCCCCACCAAGACAGGGAUCGGGGAGGCGCGAGGCACGCAAUGGAAAGAGCGCGAAGAAGCGCGCCAAACCAACAUUGUGGACACGAGAGCAGAGGAGCCGCGUCCGGAAUCUAUGGAUUCUGACUUCGAGGUCGCCAUCGACCCAGCUAAGCCGACUAAGAAAAUACGCAUCUCAACGCACGUCCACAGCGACGCGAUCGAACCUCUGAUAACGCUGCUGAAGUAGUACAAAGAGCUCUUUGCUUGGUGCACAGAAGACAUGCCGGGAGUUCCAAGAGAGAUAGCCCAGCAUUGCCUCGCAGUUUCAGUCAAUGCGCACCCAAGGCAACAGGCGCGAAGAGGCUUUACCGGCGACAAAUUGAAGGCCAUAGAGGAAGAGGUCGCGCAGUUAUUGGCAGCAGGAUUGAUACGCCCGGUGAAAUAUCCAAAGUGGUUAGCAAACGUAGUCCUGGUGAAGAAAUCCUCAGGAGCCUG